AUGGCCCGUUUUUCGUUUGUGUUUGCCUCUCUGGCCCUUGCUCUUCUCGCCAGCGCGACCCCCAUGCCCGAGCGCCGCCUUGUCGGCAUCCCGCAUGAGGCCCGCAAGCUUGCCCUCGACGAGUUCACGAAGCGCGUCAUUGCGUUCGACGCUGCCGGCAACAACCUUGGCUUCAUCGAGCACGGCACCAUCCAGCCGACCAAGCGCGAUGGCUCCUGCAGCUCGCUCAGUGCUGACGAUGCGCAGAAGCUUCCCGGCUGGGACUCCUUGAACCAGAAGGCCAAGGACAACUGGGGUGAUGGUUCCCGCAAGAUUGUUACGAACGACGAGGACUACCCUACGCAGCCUGCCCAGGUCUGCGCCAAGGACGCCGGCGACAUCGCCAUCGACGGCGACCCUUCGUGCACGAAGCAGACGCAGACGCUCGACACCACUGUGACGGGCACCAACGGCACCGCAACCGUCAGCCAGACGACCGGCACCUCGUUCUCGUCGCAGCAGACCACCAGCCAGGAGUCGUCGAUCUCCCUCGGCGAGACCGUCGAGGUCAAGGUCGGCAUCCCGGAGGUCGCGGACGUCACCUCGUCCACCUCGCUCUCGACGACCUUCACCAACACGCUGUCCAAGUCGACGACCACCGAGUCGAACCAGCAGACCACGCAGACCGUCGCCAUCGCUGUCAAGGACGGUGCGACCUGCAAGGUUACCUUCGAGGAGACCAGCUGCACGACCAAGGGCUCCGGCCAGGUUCCCUUCACCGCCACCGGCUGGGUCUGGUUCGAGUACGACGACAAGACUGAGGGCCACUACAAGUGGGCCCUCAACAUGGACGAUAACCUCUCCGAGGAAGACCGCUCGUCGUACAUGAAGUUCGACGCCGUCGUCAGCACCGACACCAAGGGCAACUACCAGGCCGCGUGCUAA